CUCAGGAGACAGCGGCGGCCCCUCCGCCUCUUCAGCUGGCGGCUGGGCCCCGCGGGAGCAAACGUGGCCCUGAGGGGGGCUCUGUCAGAGGCGGAGGAAGGGGCCCGCGAGCACCCCCCGACAUCUCCACCGGGCUCCCUCGCGGCUCCGUGCGACUGCGGCCGGGCCCGCCGGCUGCUGGGGGAGCCCUGUCCGGUUUGACAGGGUCACGCGCUGCCCCCCGCCCGCCGAAGGAAAGUUCUGGGCGUUUAAUUCUAAUUCCGCGGCACCCCACCCCCACCCCGGGAUUUUGUCUUUCAGGAAGCCCCGGCACAGGGAUGACGGUGAACACCCCCCUGUGUUUUAGGGGAAAGAAGAUCCUGGCUCCCAUGGUGCGGGUGGGGACGCUGCCCAUGCGGCUGCUGGCCCUGGACUACGGUGCCGAUAUCGUGUACUGCGAGGAGCUGAUUGACAUAAAGAUGCUGCAGUGUAAGAGGGUUAUAAAUGAAGUACUUGAAACGGUGGACUUUGUUGCACCUAAUGAAAGAGUUGUUUUCAGAACUUGUGAGAGGGAGAGGCACCAUGUUGUCUUUCAAAUGGGUUCAGCAGAUGCUGAAAGAGCUCUGGCAGUAGCUAAGCUUGUAGAGGGUGAUGUAGCUGGUAUUGAUAUCAACAUGGGAUGCCCAAAGGAAUAUUCUACUAAGGGAGGUAUGGGAGCAGCACUGCUGUCUGAUCCUGACAAAAUAGAGUCUAUACUGACUACCCUUGUUAAAGGAAUUUGUAAACCCGUAACCUGCAAAAUACGCAUUUUGCCCUCAGUUGAGGAUACUGUGAAUCUGGUAAAGAGAAUAGAAAAAACUGGUAUUGCUGCCAUUGCGGUCCAUGGAAGGAAGAAGGAGGAGAGACCUCAGCACCCUGUCCACUGUGAUGUGAUCAAAGCCAUAUCUGAAGCAGUCUCCAUUCCAGUAAUAGCAAAUGGAGGAUCUCAUGACUUCAUCAAAGAAUAUACGGACAUUGAGACCUUCCAGAAAGCAACAGGUGCCUCAUCAGUCAUGAUAGCUCGUGCCGCCAUGUGGAACCCAUCCAUCUUCAGAAAAGAGGGUCUUUUCCCCUUGAAAGAUGUCAUGCAAGAUUACAUCAAAUAUGCAGUAAGAUAUGAUAAUCACUAUACCAACACAAAAUACUGUUUGUGUCAGAUGUUAAGAGAACAGCUGGAAACUACUCAGGGUAAGAAGCUGCACGCUGCGCAGUCCACACAGGAGAUUUGUGAAGUCUUUGAAAUGGCUGACUUCUAUGAAGAAACAACAGCUAUUUUCGAAGCAAAGAAAACAUCUCUAGAAACUGAGACACAAGAUGAAGAUGACCAAAUGGAAGAUCCAGAUGUAAUAAAAAUGGCUGUUAGAUUUGACAAGCGAGAAUAUCCACCACAGAUUACUCCAAAAAUGUAUCUUCUGGAAUGGUGUAGGAAAGAAAAGCAUCCUCAGCCUGUUUAUGAAACUGUUCAAAGACCGCUGGAUAGAUUGUUCUGUUCAGUAGUGACAGUAGCUGAGCAAAAAUACAGAUCAACUCUGUGGGACAAGUCCAAGAAACUGGCAGAGCAGGCUGCAGCUAUUGUCUGUCUGAGAACAUUGGGUGUCCCGGAGGGGAGGCUGUGUGAGGGAGAAAGUCCCCUGAUAAACAAACGCAAGAGGGAAGAUCAGGAGCGUUUGAAUAACAGAGACCACGGAGAAGACCUCGCUGAGCCUUCCCAUAAAAAAGCUAAUUUUAUUGAAGGAACUUCUGACAUGAAUGUGCCUAAGGUGCCACGAUAGCAUGGCAAUUAGAGGUUUCACGCGUAUGCGGCUACAGAUUAGCUCCUGUUUGUAUAUCUUGCUGUUCACAUUUCGUUUGGAUUCUCCUGGAGAUGGAUUAAUUCCCCAGUUGUGAAAAAUGCCAAUGAGAUGUUUACUGUUCACCACUCACUAUCCCUAUGGUGCCUUCCAGACAGGAUAAAUCAGCAACAUGAUUUUAAAGAAUAUUGAGAAGAUUAUCCAAAAUAAUAAAUUUUUUAAAAAAUAUCUGACAUUCUCAAA